ACAGCAGCAGCGCAGGCAUGCAGCACGCAAGAUAAGCUUCCGAAAGCUAAGAGGACAAGAUCUAACCUUAGUUACAUGUACGGUACUUUCAUAGUUGUCGGUUCGUCGAAUCGUAGCAAGCACACGGUUUGCUUUCAAGACUGCGCUGGCUACUUGGGAGUGGAAUUUCAGUUGAGAGUCCAUGAUGACUCCCAAGUCUCUUUCCUCCGACACUCUUCCAGCACAUCUCCAUUUAGAUGAUACUGAUGACGGGAAUUCUGAUGACCUAGAUGGAGGGAUCUGCACGUUGCUGUAUUGAACUGAAGCUGCCACUUCUUGGACCACUCAGCUAUUAAGUUGUCUAAGUCAGCUUGUAGCCUGUCACAGUCAUCCUCCAUUCUGAUCUCUCUGAAAAGUUUGGUGUCGUCAGCGUAUAUCUCUACUAUACUGCUUGCUACCUCAGGCAGAUCGUUGAUAAAUACAACAGACACUGUCGGUUCGAGGACACUACCUUGAGGCACUCCACUUCUAACAGGUAACCACUGUGAAGUUUUUCCAUUCAUGACGACUCUCUGCCUCCGAUGGGUCAAGAAGCUGUAAAGCCAUUUCCCCAGACCACCUGUUAUGCCAUACGAUCUGAGUUUGUUCAUCAGUCGUUCAUGGGGCAUAGAAUCAAAAGCUUUACAGAAAUCAAGGUAGAUACAAUCAACUUCACGUCCUUCAUCAAGAGAGCCAGUCCACAAUUCCAUGCCUCUUUCCAUGACCAGCUCUUAAUUGCAGCGCAGUAGAAUAUAUAUGGACAUAGUUUCUGCGCUAUAUAAAUCAGUAUAUAUUAUUAUGACUUCAAGCAGUUGUGUGACACAAAACCUUCCCGGAAGAAAUCCAUGUUGUGCAUCGCACAAUAAAUCAUUCUGAAUCAAUUGUUUGACAAUGGCGUCACGCACAAAAGAUUCCAUGAUCUUUCCAAUAACUGAAGUCAAACUUAUUGGUCUGUAGUUUUCAACAGCAUCCUUCUUUCCUUUGUAAUGUAUUAGUGUGAUAUUUGCAUCUUUCCAUGACUGUGGAAGAUAACCUUCUUUCAGGGACUUUCUGAAGAUAAGUGCAACAGGUAUGCAAAUCGUUCCAGCAGUUUCUUUGAGAACUCUUCGGUGAAAUCCAUCAGGCCCAGCUGAUUUUGAACACUUCAGUAAUUUCAGCUUGUUCUUCACAGUACUUGUGGUAAUGUCCAAAUCAGUUAAGAGAUUACCUUUAUGUCUGUGUACCAAAGUUGGGAUCUGCUGCACACUUUCAUCUGUAAAUACACUGUUGAAAAAAAGGUUAAAGAGUUCAGCUUUGUCCUCAUCAUUCUCAGUAGUGAUUCCUUCUUGAUUUUUCAUGACCCCAAAAUUAGCUCUGCAUUUUUGUGAGCUAUUUGCAUAUCUCCAAAAGGCUUUGGGUUUGACUUGAUAUUGUCGGCAAUGUCCUUUUCAAAUUUCCUGCGAAGAUUCCUUGUCAUCUUUCGAAGUUUAAUGGCUUCUCUUGAUCGCAGAUAGUCUACAUCAUCACCACUAGCUAUGACAAGAUCUAUGUUUCUUCUUUUGUUGUCUGAGAGCUUCUUUUGUCAUCCAGGCUUUCUUCUUUAGUCUAACCCCUGUGGUCUUAGGGAUGUGGCGGUCUAUUGCUGCUUGAUAGAUGAUUGAGAAGAAGUUCCACGACUCAUCUACAUUCAUGGACUCCAGUUCACUAUAUCAAUCUAUGUCAACGAUGGUAUCAUUUAUUGCCUGGUAUCUUUUAUGGUAUCAAUACAUCCUCUUUUCUCAAUGUUUGUGCUGCGUACAAGUUUACAUCAAUAAGGAUACACUGAUGAUUGCUUAAACCUAGGCCAGGCAGAUUGUUUCUGAUUGGUCACUCAGCAAUAUCAGCGAGCAAUGGAAUGCGUUAGGUGAUAACUACACAACCACCAUUAUUCAGUAAUCAUGGCAAAUGCUGUAGUGAGAUACCUAAAAGCUGUGACUGUUGAGCCUGUCCUCUUCCUCUUUAUGUUUGGAUUCUUCAUCCAAGGUCCGGUCCUUCAGCUCCUCAUUAUACAGAAGGUGUGUCGUCUAUCACACGAUAGCAGUGUCUGCAGCAAUAAAACAGCAUUUGCUGAGAUCGAGAAUGAUGUAGAGAGUGACUCCACGAAAUGGAUCCUCUAUUUCAAUAUAGCUUCCAUGGUACCAGGUGCCAUCAUGGCCACAAUAUUUGGGCCCCUUAGUGACAAGUUAGGUCGAAAGAUCAUCAUGACGCUACCUUCCAUUGGCACAACAAUUGCAGCUAUCAACUUCAUCCUCAACUCGUUCUACAUAGAUUGGCCAGUGGAGACCUUACUACUGAGUGGCGUUGCAAUGGGAAUAACUGGUAAUCUAGGAACAUUUUUUGUCUCUGUAGUUAGCUAUAUAACAGAUAUUACAGACCCAUCAUCGCGUAUGAAGCGUCUUGGUCUUUUAGAAGCAAUGGUCUAUAUUGGAGGUACUUUGGGACUUGUUAUAGGAGGUACAAUGACAGAACGCUUAGGGUUUGCACCAGUCUUCUUCCUGUACCUCUUAUUACAUGUAACUAUUCUCUUGUACAUUGCAAUACAUUUAAAGGAAUCAUUACCAAAGCAUGAAAGAGACUUGAAACAAAAUGGUUCUGCAGGAAUAGGAGCUAAGCCUCCCAACAAGGCAGUACAGUGCUGCAGCUAUGUUGUGGACAGUUUUAAGAGAGCUAUGUCUGUCAUAUUCCUGAAGCGAAAGGGCUCGAGGAGAAAGCACUUGAUACUUAACGUGAUGAUCUCCAUCACAGGAGUGAUUGCUCAGUCUGGUGACAUGGAUCUGACCAUCUUAUAUACCAAGCAUUCCCCUCUCAGCUGGCCCCCAUCCACAGUGGGUGUAUACCUUGCCCUUAGGACCGCCUUAAAGGGUGUGGCUCUCAUCUUGGUAGUCCCUAUCAUAGCGAAGGUGACCAAUCAUAGCACACCAGACAGGGAUAUGAUGUGGGCAGAGCUGGGUAUAUUAUCUACCAUCGCUGGUUACACCACCAUGGCUGUAGCUAAGACCACUGGAGUGAUGAUGUCAGUUUCUGUGAUUGGUUGUCUGUUUGGUCUGACAAGAGCAGUACAGGGAUCGAUAGCAACAAGACUUGUAGAGUCAACAGAGUUUGGUGCUAUGUUUGCCUGUUCAUCUCUGGUAGAAGCUUCAAUGCUCCUGACUGGUUCAUUACUCUUCAACAGUCUCUACAGAGCUACAAUUGAUUUCUGGCCAGGAUUCUCAUUCCUAGUUAUGGCUCUUCUAUCUUUAAUCAGUCUUGUCUUUGCCAUAUAUCUGCAAUAUGAUAUGAAGAAGGAUUGGUCAGAAGAGUACCAAGAAAAAGGAGAUGGUGUGGUAAAACUUCUGAAUAAUGAAGAGACAGAUGAAGAAGAUGAGAUUGAGAUCAUAAGCCUAUCAGACUUACAGAAGACCAGAGCUGGGAUGGCACAUAGACACGUAGAAACAGACGUAUAACCCUGUGUGUACAGAUGAUUAUAAUAACUCGGGAUCAUGAAGGAUAUAUUUGAAGUCUUCUCAAGUUUUUUUAUAGAGAUUUGUAACCAUGCUUUGCACUUACAAACUAGGAAUAGACCAACACGAGGUAGGAGGAUCUGAUGAUGUAAAAAGCAACAUAUGACUCAGCUCCUAUUAUGAAGUUGAUAUUGUUUUUUUAUAUUUAUACAAUGACUAUGGAAAUACAUGAGCUGAAUCGAGAAAUUUGUGUUAAAAGUUGUAAAGUGUAAAUUCAAAAGAAUAUGUGAAUGUUCCGAUUUUAAAAUUAAAUUUUAAUUAUUCUUUUGUUUUCAGACUUGGUACAAAUGUAGGUAUUGCCUGUUAGAGCUAUAAAAUUGUUGAUCUUUGUAGAACUACCCUUCUAUAUAAUACAAAGGAAUUACCAGUAUUACAUUGAUUUGUUUUGAUAAUUAAUAUUUGGAUCAAUUCUGUAUGUACCGCCAGUCCAGACCAAUAGCCCCUUCUUUGUUGAGAAAUAGGCAAUAUCAUUUGGCCAACCUUCAUUGUGAGUUAUUUGAUAUUUUAAUCUGUAAGUAAUAAUAGAUAAUAAUCCUACUAGUAUUGUAUUCCCAUUGAAACAGUUUCCUUUUUCAUAUUUGCGUCAGUGUCUACUGAUAACAGCAUUGUACAACAUCACAGUUGAUGUCUUUUAUCAGAGUAAACAUUCCAUAUUUGCAUGCCAUUUUUGAAAUUUCUUUUAAUAGCUUCCAUCUCAAUACCAUUCCAAUAAUGUGCCAUGGAAUUGAACUAAAAAAAAAGAUUUGAAAAAUAGGGAGUGGAAAGAAUUCAAUGAAUUUUAAUUACAUGAUGUGCAGGUUAAUAUAAUUUAUGCAUGGUAUUUGUUGUGAGUUAUUUGCCAUUUCUUCCAAUAUUAGUUUAAGAGAAGUGAGUAGCAUGGAAGUUUUGUUCCAAGCUUGCAUUCAUCCGUCCAAGUUUACUUUUUGCAACUCUUUGAGCUUCAUUGAACAACAUCGGUGAGAAAUAAAAUAAAAGUACUAAAGAACUACUUAUGCUGUAUGCAAACUGUCAGAUAUUAACAUCCAUCACAUACAUUCUGUCAAGUUCACAGAACAAGUGGAUAAAUUUUGAAUAAAAUAUGAAAAUUGUUUUGAGACAUAAUAAAGCUGACACUCAACUGUAUUGGGAAUGGUGUGAAAUUCAAUGUUUACGCUUGUAUAUUGGCAGAUAGUACCAGGUUAAUGUACUCUUUUUGUUUUAAGUAUUGAAUCAUGGUUUGCUGAUGUUAAUGAUAUUUAUUGGAAAGAAAAUUUGAUAUAUUUGCUUGUUGACCUUGCCUUCAGUAGCUUUUUUAGUUUUGAUUUUGAUUUCCUGUCUUGGAUAUUUGAUAAGCAAGAUUUAUCCGCUCAUGCUGAAAAGCAAUCGGGCUAUUUACAAGUUACUUCAUAGCUUAUAGCAAUAGUGGUAAUUUUAUAUUUGCCAAUAGCCCUGAGAAGUGUUUAAAAGAUAUUUUUGUAAAUUGUUUCUAUUGGCCUUUGGCCAUUUUAAAAUUGAACAUUUUGAGAAAAAUCACAUUGCGAUACACAUAAAGAGUCAUUAUCAACUUAAUUUGUUUUCGAAAUAGCAUAUAGCAGUUCAUUCCUUUGUUGACUUGUAUUUUUAAUGAGGUGGAAGGGUGCUUAUAUGAAAUAAUUAAAUACUUUGUGAAUUUAUCAAUAUCGGGUACCUGGAUCGCUCUCCUGAUUGCCCUUAUAUAUUUUCUUUUUAAAAAAAUACACCUUUGGGCAAUUCCAUAAAAUACGUAUGUCCGCCCCCUAUAUGUGGGGACCUUCAUGAAAUUUUCUGGUUCUCUUGACAGUCUGUAAUGUUCUUAAAGGACCAUGAUUUGGUCAGUGUAUAGAGUGAAGUAAGACUUGAAAAAAAUGGGGGUCGGACAUUAAAUAAGGUUGAUCAUUUUAUGGAAUAGCCCCUUUUUAAAAUUCAUCUAUUGCUGUUAAAGUUGGUAGUGCAAUAGGUGUUAUUGUGUCAAUUCGUUAUGAGGUUCAUUUGAUUAACUUUUCCCAUUUUUUCGAAACAUUUUACUCCUAUAUACAGUGCGUAUCAAAAAAAAGUUUACACUUAGAAAAAAUCCUGUAAAAUUAUACAUUUGUAAUAUCCAGAAGAUUUUUCCACAUUUUAACAUUGGUACAGAUCCAUUUAAGGAAAUGACGAUAUAACUGUCGAAAUAUAUUUCCGCUUGAGUGAGCACCACAUACUUUUAAAAAGUUAGUGAAAAAUGAUUUGCGCAGAACUUUGAAAUAGUUAUGCGAAUAAAAGUAGACCUUAAUCACAAAGAACACGUGGUAUUUAGCUAGCAAAAUUGAUUUGAAGAUAUCUUUUACCUUUUUUAACUUGUUUCCUUGUCCAAAACACUUCGAAGAGUGCAUUGCGCCCCACAACACUCCCCCACACACCGAGGCCAUCGUGACGAUAUUUGCUUUACACUGAGCUGUGAUUUACAUGAAAUGGCUUAGGCUUGAUUUUUAUUUUGUUAAUCAUUGUCAAGCUUGGAAAAAGUGUGGAGAAACAAGUAUUAAAUGAAAAAUUAAAUGUAAACCCACUUUAAAUGAUAAAAACUUAGUGCUUUUGUUCAGAUUUAGUUAUGUCCUCAGAUCCAACUGGCACGAAAAGAGUAAAGGUUGUGCUUACUAAGUGUUGAAAUUUCAAUUUGGGUGGCAAAAUCGUUACAAAAUGCUUGAAUGUAUCCGUUUUAUUUCAAUUGACUAAAAGUGCAAGGAAAAUGUAUGAGAAAUGUUUUGCAGGGUAAGUUUGAUUCGCCCUUUCCCCUUGACACAGCGUGAAAACGAGCAUUUCUGCACAAACAGAUUUCUGCGAGCUUUACAAAAAUGGACAGUGCUCACUCAAGUGUAGCAUUCUGUCAAAACUUUUACUUUCAUUGGAUAGAUGAGACCCAAAUCCAAGAAUAUAUGUGAAAAAAUUACCCACAUGUUGUAUAUUUUUCAAUUCCCAGGGCUUUUUCAAAGUGUAAACUUUUUUUUGAUAUGCACUGUAUAUAUCUGAGGAUCGAGUUGCAUGAAAAUAUAUUCUGCAAUAAUUCAAUAUUUUGUCUUUAUAUCUAACAGUAUUUAUGAUGCUGCAUGUGUCUGGUAUGACUUGUCCAUUUCUAUUCCUGCAUGCCCAUAUGAUAAGAGUAACAUCUGAAAAAAAUGUGUGUGAGUUGGUAGGUGAAAUUUUCAACGAUAAAUGUCACAUUUUCCAAAGAGGUAUCCUUCCACCAUUCAUGCUAUGGCAUAAGGGUGUGUGAUGUCUUUACUAAAGUCAAAGGUUGAUAUAAUGAUACUCGUGAAUUAUCAAGAAUACUUCCAUGCAAGCCAGAUUCAUAGGCCUGUAUUCUGAAGUUGGGUUUAAAGUUGUGGUUAAGUAUGGAUAGCCAGUUGUUACAUAAAUCACUAACAAUAGAGAUAUAUUUCAGCUCAUUUUGCUCUUAAAUCAUUCAUAAUUGUCUAGGAAGUAUAAAUAGACGAUUGUCUUCACCAUCGAUGAAUCAGGAAAGAGCACAGUAAACAUAAGAAACAUACAACUUAGUAAAAAUUUUGACCUUUUUGGCUUCCCAUAAUUUUAGCACAGAGUUAGACCAUGGUCUUAAGUUAAACCUGACUUCAGAAUACGGGCCAUAGUGUAUUAUGUUGUUUUAUAUUCUCUCAAGAAGUGUGUGUAUAUAAAGUAUAUCAGUAUCUAUUUUCUUAUUUUUUAAUUGUAUAUCUUGAAUAUAAACAAAACAAGACAAAUUACUUUUUGGUUUAUCAUAAAACCAAGUAUAUCAUUCCUUGCUUUGAUGGUAAGUUGUGUGUUUCAUAAUACAUGCACCACCACUCAAUUAGGCUUGUUGAUCUUUAAAUUUUUCCUAAGAAAUAAGAUAGCAUGGGCCUCAAAGUGAAAAUUUAUACAUUUAAGACAUACAAUGAAUCUUAAGCACAGGAAAGAAUAUAAAGGAUUUAUCAGAAACAAUGAAUUUUGAGCACAGGAAAGAAUAUAAAGGAUUUAUCAGAAACAAUGAAUUUUGAGCACAGGAAAGAAUAUAAAGGAUUUAUCUGAAGUAUUAGUGAGAUCCAAGGAAAACUGGUAUUUUUAUGAAAUUUGUAAUCACUUUGAAAGAGAAACAAAGACACAGUGAUAAGUGCAUGAUGUUGAGAGUAUUCUUGUCAACCAAUCUCUAAUGAUUAAUGAGGGAAUUCCAUUCCAAGACAUCUAAAUACCUACCCAAUAUCCACACAUUUUACCAAACAUGAACCUGUGCUGCAAACCUAACCCUAUAGCGUAAUCUUACUUGUGCACAUGUAUUAUGAAACACACAUGUUGGUUUGAUCUGUAGGCCUACCUAUUAUUAAUGAAUUGCAAAUCAUCUGAAAUGUCUAUGUAUCCGUAAAAUGAAACUUAUUAGAAUGAUUAUUUAGCUGGAAAUGUAGUGAAAAGCAGAUUAUGGACAUCAGAUUAAUUAGGCCAAUUGCAGUAGUGCUGACCAAUGGCUGUAUAAGGCAUCAAUGAUUUCUUCUAUUCUACAACUGUAAUAGUGGGUACAUUGUUUGAGAUGGGAAACUCGGUUCAUAUGAUUCAGAAAUAUGAAUCAAACUGCAUUAUGAAAAACUCUAGUGAAAUUGGGCAUUGGAUAAGAAGCAAUAUUUUUACGAUAAAUUUGUAAUUUGUUUUUAAUCAUCAAAAUAAACUAUUUAAGGUUUGCCUUUUAAUGAUUAAUAAUCUUCAUCUGUAGAUGAAUUGAGAAAUAUGUUUUCCUAGGCUACUUGUAAGUUGUUACAGAACUUUCAUGAGGUUAUCAAUUGGAGUGAUUGGGCACAGCAAUAUUCUCUCAUGGCAAUGAGAAUACAAAGUAAUUAGAUUUGUACUACAUGUACAUGUUCCUAUAAGAAAUGUUUGAGUUUUAUUCAAUUAUCUAAUUAUUGAAUAAAAUUAUUUACUUUUAGGUCAAUGAAGUUCUUAGAUUUUGUUCAGUGAAAAUUUCAAUGAUUUUAUUACAAUAAAGGUUUCACUGUAAAUUUUAAAAGAACACAUUUGAAUAAGUUAUUGUUAUAUUUUAGGAAAUUAAUAUCUCACAAUUGUUUUAACUCAGAUUCAUUUUGACAUUACUAAUAUUUAAUAGAAUCUUUUGUAAUGUUCUUGGCCUUUUUCUAUGUGCCAUAAUAGUAUAGGGUUACCCUUUUUGAUUGUUUUUCAUAGGAUAAAUUCACAGCAUGUACUUCAUCAUAAAACACUUGAUUACUCAUGAAUAAUCAUAAUUUGACACAAGCUCUUUAAUGAGUUCAUUUUGUAAUGUUGUUGAUAUCUGAAAUCAUGUAUUUGAAGGGGAGGUACACCCUGAAGUCUAGUCAUUCUUGGUAAAAGCAGAAAAUUAUUGAAUCUCUUGUGAAAUAAAGACUUAUUUACUUUUUUACAUAUAUUUAAUCAUCACCUGCGAGCAGCUCCCCAUAUCAUAUACUAUAAAGUGACAUUUUGUUAGAAAAAAAUAUUUUACCUGUGCAUUAAAUAUCACAUUCUUUUUUUAUUUUGAUAUGUUCCCUUAUUUUUCUGCUUUUAUUCAAACCUUCUUGAUGUCAGAGUGAACUUCCCCUAUAAGAUUGAAUAAAGUAGGCAAGAUGCAGAUAUUGUGAUAAUAUAUGUCUCUUUAUUUCUUGAUUUGCAGCAUGUAAUAAAGAGAUAGAUUCAUAGAUCAGGAAUUUAUAAAGUAAA